CGCGCGGACGCGGGGAGGGCCGCGGGUGCGGGGAGGUCGCCGGGCCGCCCGCGCCGCCGCCCCUUGCCUGACGCACGGAGGGGCCGGGACGCGAUUUGCCGCGAGGGGCUGGAGUAGCGGCCGCCGCCGCCGUCCAGGCCCGCUCCGCCCCCAGCCCGCCUUCCUCCCGCCUCGCCCUCCGCCUCCGUCCGCGCCUCGCUCGCGUCCCCGCGUCCUCCCCACCAACCCCGGAGGUGUCGGCCGCCCGCACCAGCGCCAGCCAGAAGUGGGGAAGUUUACUGGAGUAAAAUGGAGGCCUCAGUAAUAUUACCCAUCCUGAAGAAAAAACUUGCGUUCCUUUCAGGAGGAAAGGACAGACGGAGUGGCCUCAUUCUGACAAUUCCAUUAUGCCUGGAACAGACAAAUAUGGAUGAGCUGAGUGUUACCUUAGACUACCUACUCAGCAUUCCAAGUGAAAAGUGUAAGGCUAGAGGAUUUACCGUGAUUGUGGAUGGCAGAAAAUCACAGUGGAAUGUGGUGAAAACAGUAGUCUUAAUGCUACAGAAUGUUGUUCCAGCUGAGGUGUCCCUUGUUUGUGUAGUGAAGCCUGAUGAAUUCUGGGAUAAGAAAGUAACACAUUUUUGUUUUUGGAAAGAAAAGGAUAGACUUGGCUUUGAGGUUAUUUUAGUGUCUGCCAAUAAAUUGACUCGUUACAUAGAACCAUGCCAGUUAACAGAAGAUUUUGGUGGGAGUCUCACCUAUGAUCACAUGGACUGGUUAAAUAAGAGACUGGUUUUUGAGAAGUUUACAAAAGAAUCUACAUCAUUACUGGAUGAACUUGCUUUGAUUAACAAUGGAAGUGAUAAAGGCAAUCAGCAAGAGAAAGAAAGGUCUGUGGAUUUAAACUUUCUUCCAUCAGUUGAUCCUGAAACAGUUCUUCAGACAGGGCAUGAAUUGUUGUCCGAAUUACAGCAGCGUCGAUUUAAUGGCUCAGAUGGAGGGGUCUCAUGGUCUCCUAUGGAUGAUGAACUGCUGGCCCAGCCACAGGUCAUGAAAUUAUUAGAUUCACUGCGAGAACAGUAUACUCGCUACCAGGAAGUUUGUAGGCAACGUAGUAAGCGUACACAGUUAGAGGAGAUUCAGCAGAAGGUGAUGCAGGUUGUGAACUGGCUUGAAGGGCCUGGAUCAGAACAGCUACGAGCCCAGUGGGGGAUUGGAGACUCCAUCCGGGCCUCCCAGGCCCUACAGCAGAAACAUGAAGAGAUUGAGAGCCAGCACAGUGAAUGGUUUGCAGUGUAUGUGGAACUUAAUCAGCAAAUUGCAGCGCUCUUAAAUGCUGGCGAUGAGGAAGAUCUUGUAGAACUGAAGUCACUGCAGCAACAACUUAGUGAUGUUUGCUAUCGACAGGCCAGUCAGCUGGAAUUUAGGCAGAAUCUCUUACAAGCAGCUCUUGAAUUUCAUGGUGUUGCCCAAGAUUUGUCUCAGCAGUUGGAUGGCUUAUUAGGGAUGUUGUGCGUAGAUGUAGCACCAGCUGAUGGAGCAUCGAUUCAGCAGACUUUAAAACUGCUUGAAGAGAAGCUGAAAAGUGUUGAUGUAGGAUUACAAGGUUUGCGUGAAAAAGGUCAAGGACUUCUGGAUCAGAUCUCCAAUCAGGCAUCCUGGGCCUAUGGAAAGGAUGUAACCAUUGAAAAUAAAGAAAAUGUGGACCACAUACAAGGAGUGAUGGAAGAUAUGCAGCUUAGGAAACAAAGAUGUGAAGACAUGGUAGAUGUGCGAAGGUUAAAGAUGCUUCAGAUGGUACAGUUGUUUAAAUGUGAAGAAGAUGCUGCCCAGGCAGUAGAAUGGCUAAGUGAACUUCUGGAUGCCCUGCUUAAGACCCACAUCAGAUUGGGUGAUGAUGCUCAGGAAACGAAAGUUUUACUGGAAAAGCAUAGAAAAUUUGUUGAUGUUGCACAGAGCACUUAUGACUAUGGAAGACAGUUGCUACAGGCCACAGUUGUGUUGUGUCAGUCUCUGCGCUGCACAUCUCGGUCAUCUGGAGACACACUUCCUCGACUGAACAGAGUAUGGAAACAAUUUACAAUAGCAUCUGAAGAGAGAGUGCAUAGGCUGGAAAUGGCUAUUGCAUUUCACUCAAAUGCUGAAAAGAUUUUGCAAGACUGUCCAGAAGAGCCUGAAGCUAUUAAUGAUGAGGAGCAAUUUGAUGAAAUUGAAGCAGUUGGGAAAUCACUUUUGGAUAGAUUAACUGUUCCUGUAGUUUAUCCUGAUGGAACUGAACAAUAUUUUGGGAGUCCAAGUGACAUGGCUUCCACUGCAGAACACAUCAGAGACAGGAUGAAACUGGUUAGUCUCAAAAGGCAGCAGCUGAGACAUCCCGAAAUGAUGACCACAGAGAGCUAAUAGCUACCAGCUUCCCACAAAUCUGCAGUUUAUAAUCCCGCAUGUCGUUGGCAUACUACAGCAUUAGCCGCAAUACAUUAAGAUACAUUUCACAGCCAGGAUAAGCCUCAUUUUUUUCCAUUUUCCAUUUCUUUCUACAUGUUAACACCUUGCAACUACCAAGGCAUCAUUAUUUAACUUGCUUUGAGACCAUAGACUCCAAGUAUCUUAAAAGAAGGAACUGUAAACAUUGCACUGAAAACUUGCUUUAAAGCUUUACCUGACCUGUCAAUUUGUAGAUGAACAACUGAUAAUAAGCUUUGAAUGGUGCUAAUAAGAGUUUAGGAAUUCUCUAUAUAAAAAAAUGGUUGACCUUCCUCCCCAGGUGAUGUAGUAAAUUUAGACUAUAGUUAAAUUGUUAUUAGUAGACAGUGGUGUACUCAAAAAAUUUACUUUGUAAUUCUUCUUCAAAAUUGAUUAUUUUUAUUGUGUCAGUAUGAAGAAAACCUUCAGAUCUUUGAUAUAUUCAUUAAAAGACAUUUUCCUAUUUGUAUUGAUAAUGUAUUAAAAGUUGUUUGUGCUUAAUAAAAGGCUUCUUUUAAACAUCUUAUUUAAUAUGGUGGUUAUAUCCUAUUUCCAGACAUGAGUGCCUUAUUGCAAAGGGCAUUCUUAGGAUUGUGAGGAUGGUUUAAUACUUGUUUUUUCAUGUUGGUUGCAUGUGUUUUAGCCAGGAAAUUCAUAUGUAAGCAUGUGUAUGUAAUAAGCAUGUUUAAUUAUGAAAAAUAAUUGUGAAGAGCAAUUUAGAUCUUAAAGAACUUAAAAAUAAUGGAAUACUAUUUCUAACUGUUUUCUUCUUCAAGUUGAAAAAUAUCCAAAUUAUUAACUACCCUGAAGAUAUUUUGUCUUUGGGGAGGAGGGUUGGGGAAGAAGGCAUACAUAAUUACUUAAGUGUAAUCCUUUAUAUCAGAGGAAUCUUUUCUGGAAUGAAAAUAGCAAAUGUUAAUAAAAUUUAAUUUCUCAUGAUAGACUAGAAGCAAAAUUCUGAAGCAGUCUAAUAACAAAAAUUGUACAACUCUUUUAGAAAUAAAAUUUAU